UUGUUGGGGUUUUUAGUCAGAACUGUGGGAUAAAUCAAUCGCCGCUGCCGCCACAACCAAGUACGAUUGUUGGAUAUUAUCCAGCUUAUAAAUAUGAUUUAAAAGCAGAUGAUUUUAAUAUUAGUUCGUCAAUUACUCAUUUAAACUAUAUUGCAUUUGGCCCAAAUGAUCUUAUUAAUGACACCAGGCCAAAUACUGUGUUUCAGAAUCAAAUAAAAAAAUUUAAAGAAUUGCAAAAUUAUAAAGAUAAAAAUAGUAAUCUGAAUUAUAAAUUAAUUCUUUCAGUAUUGUUACCUGUUAAUGAUGACUUAAUGAAGCUCCCACCGUUUUUUAAUGUUUCAACCGGGCAGUAUGAUCAAAAUAAUCAGGAUAUUCGCAAUUUCAUAGAAGAUUUAAUUAGUGUUGUUAGAGAUUACUUUGAUGGGAUUGACAUUGACUAUCCUAAUAAAGCUUCAUGCUUGCAAGCAAAAAAAUUCAAUUCUGAUUCUCUAAAACAAGUUUUCGAACCAUUCAUACGUGAUAUAUCAAGCCAAUUAAAACAGAGUAAUAGCAGUAAAAUUUUGACGAUUACUGGAGGCAUUAAUCCCAUAAAUGUCGACCCUAGCGUCAUUAGUUUUGUAAAUCUUCAGGCAUAUCGACUUAACGUUAACUAUAAUGCACACUCUAGUGCUGGAAUAGAUGUACUUCAGAAUAUUAUUGAUUCCUGGAAUUUUGGUAACAGAUCACAAUGCGUGUUGGGAAUUGAAUUUGGCGGCAUUAUUGAAGCUAUUACUGUUAAUAAUCCUAAUAUGGAUAUCGCUAAUCAAAAUUUUGAAGUGAUACAUUCUCAAAAUAUUACGUUCCAAUCUAUAGCUAUUGACGAAAACAUUAUAGAUCCAUGUGGAACUACGUCAUUUGCACAUUUGACAUGGAAAAAUUUCUUAGCACCGCUUUGUUAUGCAAAUGCCAGUAAAGAUUGGAGCUAUGGCUUUGAUAAUAAAUCCAAACAACCAUAUAUUUAUCAACAGCGCCAGAACCUGCCAGGGAAUCAGACAGGGCUCCCAUCAACUUACUACUAUUAUAUCUCUUAUGAGGAUUCCCAGUCUUUAUAUGUCAAACUCAACUUUGUACAAAAUUAUAACAUAGGAGGUGUUGCAAUUGCUGAUAUCACGAAAGAUUCGCAAUUUAUAAACUUCAUUUCGGGAAAUAAAUCAAAUUAUCAAGGCAAUUUGGCACCUCUAUCCAAUAUAAAUGCAAAGAUAGAAAACACAGAGCAAGGAUGUCCAAUCCACUUAAAGACACGAACAAUCAGAUCUGUUCCGAUACGAAUCGACAAGUUUACUCUGAUAUAA